UACUCUCCUCCACACCAUCCUUACCUCUACAAAUCUCCUCCUCCUCCAUACCACUAUUAGAAUUCUCUAUCACGGAGAACACGAUGUACACAAGAAGACAAAGACAAGACGAAACCAUUACUGAUAAAAAAGUAUAUUAUAGAUUUACUUAGGGAAAAGGUAAACCCUAGAAACAAAACUUGAGAGCAGCUACAAUGGCAGAAAGUAUGAGCCUAUCUGACGCACUCGAUUACGAUUCACCCUAUUAUCUCGAUGAAGAUGAACAUCCGUACCAUCGCUCCACAAUUAUACUCAGCCAAGCCGAAGACAACUUCGCUAUCUGGAAACUUUCUUUUACUCGUUUACUUCGAAUCAAGAACAAACUCGCGUUCGUCAACGGUACACUUGAGAAGCCGGACGCUUCCUCGCCGCUUUAUAAACGAUGGGAACGAUGCAACGCGUUGGUUAUGUGUUGGAUGUGGAAUUCGAUGACCGAAGAACUUAGUAAACGUGUGACAUUUGAUGAAACAGCGCAUAACAUGUGGGAACAUCUUCGACGUAUAUUCGUCCCGAACGUUGAUUUGAAGAUCUACCAGACUCGUCGGAAAAUCAUGGAGCUGAGGCAAGAUGGUGACACGGUAGAGAAAUAUUUCAAAAAAAUGAGCAAUGCUUGGCUGGAGUUGUCGGAGUAUGAUCCUGUGAAAGUGUGUUCGUGCAGCGGUUGCGAUUGCGAGAUCACUAAACGAGCAAAAGAGGCGAGAGAUAAGGAGGAGCUUUACGCUUUUUUGAUGGGUUUGAACAAAGACCUUAUUAAGAAAUCAAAAAUCAAGCGUAAGAAACCUCCUUUGUCUCUUAAAGAAGCCUAUGAUAUGGUUGAAGAAGUAGAAUUGAUGAUGAAGUGGACCGGACUAAGCCUUUAGGACGCAGGUUGAUUAUGAUGAUCAUAAAUUUUCUCUAUGUUU